AUGAUGAGGCUCAAUCUGUCAAUGAUCGACAAUCGCCCUCAGGAACGAGAGGUAUUGGACUCUCAGCUCCAGAAAAUCUGGAAACCAGGCUAUGAGAAAGGAACUGUGGCUCAACUCUGUAUGCGAGCAAGCAAGAACCCGAAACUCAAGGAAAGAAAAUGAGAGGGAAAAAGAGUUGUACACAGAGCUGUUCCACUCAGCCGACUAAAAAUGGAGGCUUCGUGGAUCUGAAUCAAAGAACAACUAGCAAAGUUGGAACUUGAUCCUUCGGCAAGAUUCAAAGACGUCAGGUCUGAAUAGAUCUAGCAUGCCAAAGUUACCUCAUCACUGACAAGGUGACACAGACGCUCAUAGAGACGUCCAGGGAUAAAGCCAGGAGAUCGAUCUCAAUCACUCAUAGAUGGCUAGACCAACCGGUUACUGCAUUACAAGAGUAAAUGAUGGUUUGGUAUGUCCCUUUUCUCCGCAAAUGUUGAAGUUUAGUCAACGGAAGGAGACAGCCUCAGCCUCAUCUACAUGAGCCAGGAAAGCUUGAGCUCACAAGUAUAGCUGACGUAUCAGCGAUCUGGUCAAGAAGAGGUUAGCAGAGAACAAUCAGAGUUCCGAGAGUGCACAGGCCAGAAUACUGACAGACAGUAUGAAGAUGCCUUGAGAAACAAGUUUGCCUACCUAAAAUAAUGAGGAUCUACUCAUUAGGUAGAAAGAGUCAAAAUGCGCAAACUUACGCUCGGAUCUGAUUCGGAUCACCAGCUCUCCACGAUGAAUAAGUAAUGAUCAUCGCGACGUGGCAUAAUACAUGCGUAGAGAGCGGGUCGUAGUCCACUCUGGCAGAGAGACAGUGUUAAAAGUUCCAAAGAUCUUUCGAAACCCAACAAUUUGCAUCAAAUUGUAUAUUCCCCGGAAUCCGAACCAUUGUGUGGUUCAUGGGUUGAAUGAGGUAUCGAAAUCAGCAGCUUCCAGGAAAGGAGCGAUGAUGCUGUAUACGCUAGAAAGGCGUGAAGGAUCGUGGGAGCCAUUCCAAGGAAGCUAGACCACCUCAUGACCAAAGAAGAGGGUUGAGCCGCUGCCAGCUUCAGAAAUGGAAGUUAGGUAAAAGUUGGAGGUAUACAACUGAAGGCAAUCUCCGAACGAAAAGGUUCAAAGAAGAGAAAAAGCUUUACCUAAAAUCACUGGUCUCGAAAACGUACAAUUUCUGCUUAACCAGGAGCAGUUCUCAUGGAGAAGGAACAUUUCCGCAGUACAUACCCAACGAGUCCAAAGACAGGACUCAUCAACAAAUACACAUGUACGUUGCUCGAGGCAGAGGGUAUAAGCGGAUAAGCCAGUAAAAGGCUUUAUACACGUCGAUAGCUAGUACUGACGGAUGAUCUCCGAACCAUGGAGAUGAGAAUCGCGACAAGGAAGGGUUUUUCUAAACAAGAUCUUCAAUGGUGGAUAAAUCCUCGGUCCGAUCGAUGCUCGCGAGCACAUCUGUCGAAGCUUUAAGAGCCACAGCCUCAAUGUUGCUUUUAAACUAGCUAUGUGAUCGUUUCGUAGUAUUUGGAAUAUAAUGUUAUAUUUUUGCUAGACAACGUAGUUGUUGAAGUAAAAUAUUUAUUAUAUCCUAAUACGUAGAAACGAUCAGAUAUCCCACCCAGUGACCUUCGAAAGAUACAGCUUAAAAAGGUUCACUUGAUCCCGCCCGGACAUUGAGGCUUAGAAGUGGGUCAGCUCGAGCGAUCCUCAGCCAUACAUCGGCUUGGAGCAGGCAUUAAAUUGCCAUUGAAAUCGUUCGAAAUGGGUUCCAAGAGUUUGAACGCCAGGAACAAAGGCUCAAGGUUCAAGGAAAAGGGAUACAGUACCGGUCACACCACGAGAGAAAAAGUGGGCAGGCGCACUUUCAUAAAUUCUCAUAACUGAGAAAAGUUUGAAAACAUCUCCUUUGCGCUAGACAGGCAAACCGCAAUGGUUUACCAAGGUGACGGGAACCCGGCUAGUUCAUUAAGUAUAUCUGGUAAAGAGUACGCGUAAGGAACGAAGAGCUUUGAACAGCUGGGAAUGAGUCUCACUACGCAAAGCUCGUGAGAUCGGCUCACGCGAUCUGAUAGAUCACGUAUACGCCGAAUUUAAAGUUCAGACCAUAAGGGCAAACAGCUAUAAGCUAUGUGAUCGUUUCUACGUAUUAGAUAUAAUAAAUAUUUUACUUCAACAACUACGUUGUCUAGCAAAAAUAUAACAUUAUCCCGUGACACGAAUACUAAAUCGAGAAAAUGUUCAGACAGGAGCAAUUCUUCGAAUCGAUUCCGGUCGUCCAAGCCCGAUUGAUCUGUGCUACUGGUGAGUUUCGAUCAGCUAACACCUUUACAGUACUUCUUGUUCAGCUUCGGAGGAUUCCGCAAUAAGCGCGUGUAGCAAACGCGCAAUUUUCUACGACGGAAAGUGCAAAUGCAAGCCUGGCUACACGGACGCCAACGAGAAGUCUCACGGACCUCGUGUAAAAUCAGAUUCGACUAUUUUCUAAGCCCGGCCCGGCCUUGAUGACUCUAGCGGCUCUGUAUUAGCUUAGAUGCUGAUAGAACUUAGGAAUUCCAGAGUAGUCCCUAUAGGGGUUACGGGGAAUAACAGCCCAUAUAGAAACGAAAAAGUGGUCCCUAAAGUGGGUUUGACCCCUUAGACCCAAAAGCUUAAGUUUCUAUAGAGGUUUUUCAAUUUCAUUCAAAAAACCCUUGUUUAUUCGGUUUUUCGCAUGGAAAUCUUACGCCGACUGCAUCCUACCCCGGGGUCCGGCCUAUUUCAGUACAUUUAAAAUCUUUUUUUUUUCGUGCGGGGGCGGGGUGUAGCCGAUGUAUGAUGGAAUCGCUGCAGUUUGAGUGUUUUUUGAGUUUGGGAUGCUUUUUGUGCGUUUCUUUGUGAGCCUCGUUUCUAAUAAUGCUUUAUUAGUUAAUUAGCAAAAUAUGGUAAAUGGCAAAGAGAAAAAGUGGGGUCUUCAAUUCUCUAAAUUAGAAAAUAUGGUUCAACUGGUAGAAAUUAAAAAUUCUUUGAUCAAUCUAUUAAUUAUUAUUCAUUGGUUAAUACAGUCAGAUGGAAUCGGCUAGGCCGUGUAAAAAUUGCUCUUUGGAGUGGUACCAACACCGCCUUUGGCGAAAAAGUGGUCAAAACGUGUAUUCGAUUGAAUUGAAAGCAUGGUCUUACGGUACUUCGCCUCGUUCUCCCACAAGUAGAUCCCUCAGUUUCGCGGGUACGGGCACGGCGGUGAUGGUGGGGCUCGGGCACGGACGCCGUGUACACUCUAGGGUAGCCUCGGCCGAUUGAGAGAGCUACCACUUCGAGUGAAGAAAAUACACGGAAUGGCCAGUCUUCGAAUUGAAAGACUUCAUCCGAAGACUGGCCUGGCCCAAGCCCGCGCAGGCUUCUUCGCAAAGAAUAAAGUUAAAAAGCCCGGGUCGACCCGAUCCAGGCCGUCCACCUUGACGCACAAGUCUGCUUUUCAGGAAAAAGAAAUCAAAGAGAAGUAUUGAGUUUUUGUAGAAUUUAAAGGUUCACGGUUUUUUGUCGUAUUUAUAUCGCAGUCUGUGAAAAAAAUUGGGUUUUUUAUCUUUUUUUAAAAGCAUCCGCGAAAAGCAGAUUUGAGCUUUUUGGCGAUUUCACUCAAGAAAAAGUAGAAUAGAAAAGAGAAAAAAAUGUUGGCUUCUUCAUUUUCAUUCUUCCCUUUUUUGCAGGGUAUCAAGUGUUUGUCCUGCGAAAUGAAGAAGUUGAAAUUGAUUGUUGGUGUCGUUUUCGAUACUUCCGGAUCAAUCGCCAAACGUGAUUAUGACGAUCAAGUAUUUUCUUUUCUGUCACUUUUCAAUGAUCCCUUCUCAGCAAUCAAAAUUUUUUUUUACCGUCUCCUUUCAAAAAGUAUGGAAAAAAGUUUUCUGAUCAUCAAAUAUAGGGGCAUGUUGGAUGGAAAAGUCGGUACUGUUUUUUUUAAAUAUAUGUUCCCAUGCCCAAAAAACGUCAAAAACACAUUUUGAAAACUUGAAAGAAUAGGCAUCAUAAAAAAGUGACCUUUCCAGCAUGCCGGAUUUUUAUUAGUAACAACCAUUUCCGGUCUUGCAGGCUGUGAAUUAGACCAUGAAAGAUGAAAUUUGAUAAUCAAAGUAUUCAGAUCAUACCACUCGUGCAAUCAUUGUACAGAGCAACAUUUGGCAAUUAUAUUAUCCUGACACAAUUUUCCAACCAUGUCACAUCUGAAGACUUCUCCAAAAGGUCGGACGUUAAUGCGGCCGUACAGGAAAUUCGCACGAAAUUUUUCUAUACUAAGGGAACAACCAAUACCGCUGGAGCUAUAGAAGAAACGCACAAGAGUAUGAUGGUUUGUUUCCAUUCUUACAUUGUAAUCUGCUUCUCUUUGUAA